AUGGAAUUUCAGGUUACAGUUAGUUGCAGUAAAAUUGAAGCUGAUGCUGAUAAUGAGGACAGCAAGUAUCAAAGAUACCUUAUACAAGGCUUAAAGGAAAGUCCAGAUGUUAUCCCAUCCUUGCUCACUUUGGCAUUGAAUGAUAUUAUGACUUAUGAUAAGGCUUCGAAAUCUGGGGGCCCAAAUGGAUCUAUCCGAUUCAGCUCAGAGAUUAGCAGACCUGAAAACAAGGGACUUGUUGGUGCUUUGAAUUUAGUAUAGGAAGCAAAGAAGGAAAUUGAUUCGAAUUCCAAAGGGGGGCCCAUUUUCUAUUCUGAUCUGAUCCAAUAUGCAGCACAAAGUGCCAUUAAGCAAACCUUUCUAGCUUCUGCAAUUCGCAAAUGUGGAGGGAACAUUGAGAAGGGCAGUUUGUUAUACACUGCAUAUGGUUCAAAUGGUCAAUGGGGCUUAUUUGAGAGGAAUUUUGGAAGGACAGAUACCCAAGAGCCAGAUCCAGAGGGAAGGGUUCCCCAGUGGGACAAAGCAAGUGUUCAAGAAAUGAAAGACAAGUUUUCUGCCGUUGGCUUUGGCCCCUGCCAGCUAGCUGUUAUGUCUGGUUUUUUGGGUCCUGAUCUGAUAGCCACAGAAACUUUAUUAGCCACUGAUCCAGAAGUUUUGCCGUGGGUUCAGAAGUAUCAGCGCAGCAGAGAAACAGUGUCAGAAACAGAUUAUGAGGUUGAUCUGAUAACUACUCUCACAAAGUUGAGUGGUUUGGGCCAACAAAUCAAUUACGAGGCGUAUACCUAUCCAGUAAAAAAAGUUGAUUUCAGCAAACUCAAAUUGUGAAGAGUCUCCGAUGCUUGUUAGAGCAGUUUCAGCUCUAGCUAGUCAUCAUUCAUUCUUGCAGUAAAUUAAUAGGAGACUUUGGCUCAAACUUCAUAGCUAGCUGAAAAGUUAUGAAUGAAAAGUUAUGAAAAUUAACAAAUAAAUAUUUUCGUGUACAGGAUGGUGCGUGCGUGUACGCGAUAGAAAUUCAAAACACUAUAUAAUGAGUAAUGCUAGAUGAAUCAUCUUUUUGGUAAUUACUUGUAUCCCACAUUGUUGUGUACCUUUUCUUGAGCAAGAGAUCCCAAAGAGAUAAA